AUGGGAGGCUUCGGGCAGAGGUGGCAAAUGCCCGGGAAGGGCAGAGCCAGGCAGCCAGCAGCGGGACCGAGCUCUCCUGCACCCGGGCGGGGAGGCGGAGCCUGGGGCUGCAAGGGAGGGGCGAACCCCCCCGCCAGGGGCGAGCCCAGCCGGCGCGCACGGCAGCCGGGCUCUGCCCUCGGUGACGUUGCUCCUUUUCCCGGGAUCUCUCUGCCUCCUCCCCCCGCUCGGUGCCUGCCGGAGCCCGCAGCCCGCCCCCCGCCCGGGAGCCGGGCGGCCACUCUCGCGCCGCCGCCGCCGGAGGAUGUAGCUGGGGCCGCGCCGCUGCUGCUGCUGCCGAGUCCAGUCGGGAGAGGGACCCCCCCCCAGCGCCGGUGCAGCUUCCCCUGCCGGGCCGGGGCUGCCGGGCCAGCGGCGACCCUGUCUGCCGCUGCCGAGCGGCAGCGGGGGCGGAGGGCCAGGGCAACGGACCGCCCGCCAGACCAUGUCAGGAGUGCUCCCUACUGCGGAGACAAGCUGGGCCACUACGGGCGAGGCGGGAGGUGGGCAAUCUCCUUACCCUGCCGCCUGCAGGACACCAGCAACUUCUUCGCGGGGCGAGCAAGAGGCCCCAAGCUGGGAAGAAUCGGCAGAGCAAGAGAGGUUGUCAUUGAAGAUGAUAGAAUUGAUGAUGUGCUGAAAAAUCUUUCAGAAAAGGCACCUCCUGGUGUUUAAUUCCCUCCCAGAGACACUGAGUAAAGGGGAAAAAUAAUUUACAAUGUAACACAUUAUUGGCAACAAAACAAACAAUAAAGCACUCUGAAAUCCUUCAUUACUAGCCUAUGAUCCGCAAUGCACAUCAGCAGAUUGUAUCUUAACAUCAGGCUUGGAGACAGAAGAGGUACGGAAAGGAAGAAGGUUUAAGUAAUGUGCAAAACACAACAAAAAUCCACCAAAAACUCCCUCAAAAACCUAAACCCAGCCCACAAACAGUAAUAAAUCAAAGUGUAUCAGUUGCAGCUAUGUUGUUUAAAUUAUUAGUCAUUUCUUUUUUCUAUAUGAUGAUGAAUAUUGCACAAUUCCAGAUCUGGGGUUUAAAGUACUUUGAACAAUGCAGCAAAACACAGUGUUUUCAGACCGUGGUACCUUUUGCUGGUCAUGGUUGUUCCAAAUGAGCACCUUGUUUACAUUAUUUAAUCUUGCAAAAAUGAUUCCUUGCACUUGGAUGUAACAUGCUAUCAGUUUCAUUGGGUUUUUUUAUGUUGAUGUCCUUGGAUGUUUAAGAAAAAUUAUAUAUAAAUUAUAUAUAUAUUUCAUUUUAGUCACAUUUUAACGUAUCGAUGGAAUGUGUGCAAAAACUUUUAUAAGGAAUGAACUAUAGGAAGAAUUAUUGUUUUAUUUUUUAAAGCUUGUAUUACUUUUGCUGUGAGCAAGUGCUCAAGUUAGCGCAAAUGGACAAAUUUUAUAUGUAAAACAGAAAAAAAAGAAUGCUCAGCUUUUUCUAACUACCAUGCAGUCUGUAGUGUGGGUAAUCUCUGGUUUUUUCCUAUAUUGUGGCAAUUUAUUCUCUUUAAUAGACUGUGUUUAAAAAAAAAAAAAAAAAGGAACAAAAAAAAUCCAAUGUAAU